AUGAGUAAUUUUACAAAUAACUCUACAAAUCAAACUUCUCAACCUUUAUUAUCUCAGCAUACUAUAGCUCAAAUAAAUUCAUCCAUUAAUGAUAUUAUUACACAUUUAAUUGAUGGUGGAAACCCUUUUACUGAAAUACAAACUGCGCUGUGUUGUUUUCUUGAAUCUUAG